UUUCACCCUUUUUAGAGUCAACACUGCGAGAAUGCACAAUGGUGUUGUUAAAAAGGCAAAGAACAUAUUUUAAUCUAGGCAUUCCCAUUUGUGACAGUGGGCGAUUCUAUUUUGUCGCCGUGACCUUUGUUGUGGUUUAUUUUUCGAUGGGGGCGCCAUUUUCACGAUCAGCAAUGGCGUGGCGAUCCAGUGGAACAACACACGAAGAGCUUGUUUACAAGCUCAAACAGCAUGGAAUCAUUAAGACGGACAGUGUACACAAUGCGAUGAAACAGGUAGAUAGGAAGAACUACAGCAAGACCAAGUCAGAUCCUUAUGCAGAUUCCCCUCAAGGAAUUGGUUAUGCUGUUACGAUCAGUGCACCUCACAUGCAUGCACAUGCUCUUGAGCUGCUGAAGGAUCAUUUAGGUGAAGGCAACUCAGCAUUAGAUGUGGGUUCAGGAAGUGGUUAUCUGACAGCUUGUAUGGGGUUAAUGGUUGGUGAGACCGGCCGAGUAAUAGGUAUCGAUCACAUUAAGGAGUUAGUUGAGUGGUCAGUCAGCAAUGUAGCCAAGGAACAUUCAAAUCUAUUAGACUCUGGUCGUGUCAAGCUUGUCGUUGGCGAUGGAAGGAAGGGUUACCCAGAGGGAGGACCGUAUGAUGCGAUUCAUGUAGGUGCAGCAGCUCCUCUACUACCACCAGCUCUUAUUGAGCAGUUAAAGCCAGGUGGUCGCCUCAUCAUCCCAGUGGGUCCCCAAGGCGCCAAUCAAAUGCUGGAACAAUACGACAAAGAUCAAGACGGCCGCGUUACAAAGAAGAACUUAAUGGGUGUGGUCUACGUGCCACUGACGAGCAAAGAACACCAGUGGCCUGGCAGACUUAUAGAGGCAAUCCUGAAGCGGAAAAAGUCUGGAGAGAGCAAAGAUGCAGGUCCAUCAUCCACUAAAUGAGACAGAAGGGGCAGACUUGAUCUUUGAGACGCUUUUGGAAGGAUUCAUGACCUGGAGCUUCCGACCUUUGAUCUCUGACCCCAAAGCUGCAAUUAUAUUUGGUUUAGUUCUGAAGCCAAUUUCUCCAACAUGUAUAGUGUGCAUGGAGUCCUGAAAUAGUUCUACAUGUACAUACACAGGACAGUUUGGCUUCUAAGGCUAAAGAGGCUGUAGUCUUUCCAAAUCCUCAAUAUUUUAUCUGCCAAGUUGUGAUGAAUGUUUUUGCAGUAUUUUUUGUUUUUUAAUUGUAUGAAACACUGUGGAGAUUUUUAGAAAGAAGAGACCUCUUUUUGCCUUGGGGACUGAACUUGUCUAUGUCUUAAACAACUUUCAGCUGCAAAUCCCAUUGAUGUGUAAUAACAUAGGUAUUAUUGUUUGUGUUGUGUACAGACAACUUGGUAAUUCCUGUCAAAAUGUCUUCAAAAUGUCUUUAAAAAUAUGUGUACACAUAAUUUCAAAAUAAUAAAAACAAAUAACGUUGUAUGAAAACAAAAGCCAAUGAUAACAUGCAUCUUGGAAGUGUCCGCAUCUGUUCUCAUGAAAUUUCAUCAGGUUGAUUGAAUGAUGUAAUAGUUUUAAGCAGCGAAACUCAAGUGAAUUUGCUUUUCUACUAGUCCUUUUGACCUUUCACCUCUGUGUAAAUACGACAGUGACAGUGGACAUUUUUUAGAGCCCCCCAUAAUUUAAAUCUUAUUUCUAAGAAGCCACUCACCGGUUUAUCAUUCAAAGCCGAAGUGGAUGAUAAUGAAAGGUUGGACAAUAAGAGACAUCAGUGUUAUAGCAACGAUGGGCGGUGCUGGGCGGGCCUGCCCAGGACUCUCAAUUUAUGCCCAGCACUCUGAGCAAAAUACAUGAUGCUGCCCA